AUGGACCGUGUGCCUAUCAAGGUCUGGAAGCUUCAGGGCACAAAGCCCGGACCGGCCCAGCAGCUGCAAAAGGGCAGCUGCCGCCAGGUCUCCCCGGAGCCCCGGCGACGAUGCGUCUGCAGAUCUGAGCUGCGGCUGCGGCUGCGGCUGCGGCUGCGGCUCCGGCUGCGGCUGCGGGCGCAGAAGAAAGACCAGUCAUACAAAGUCAUGGUAGAAGGCGAUGAAGAAAUCAUGUUGGUGAAAGCAAGGGAGAAAGAGGAAGACUCUCCACCCUCAGCCAUACCGCCAAAGCUACCUCCCCGACCCACACCCCGACCUUCUACCCCACCCCCACCUAAAAAGAAGCCCCCUGAUGAAGAGCAAAAAGCCAUAAAGAUCCAGGCCUGGUGGCGGGGCACCCUGGUGCGCCGGACGCUGCUGCACGCGGCGCUCAGAGCGACCAUCAUUCAGCGCUGGUGGAGGCGGCUGCUGGCCACGCAGCUGGAGCAGCGGCGGCGGACGGCCCUGGGCUCCUGCGUGAGGGAAGCGUGGGCGGCGGUCAAGCUGCAGUCCUGGGUCCGCAUGUGGCGCGUCCGCCAGCGCUACUGCCGCCUGCUGCACGCCGUGCGCAUCAUCCAGGUGUACUGGCGCUUGCACAACUGCCAUACCAGUGGUGUCUUCCGGGGCAGGUACGAACUCACAGCAAACCAGCUAGGAAUUGAACUUGAGAUCUUCCUGGGGUCACAGAUUUGCCGGAUCACAGAUUGCAUCCCCUUCCCAAUAAAGAACUGA